AUGAAGCUGCUGGUACUAGAGCUGGUGGUGUGUUGUCUAAUUGCCUGGAGCUCACCUACAAACUCCAUCUCUGUGUUGCUACUAAAUGGGAUGUUUCCAGGUCAUCUGUUUCCACUGGUCAGUCUGGGAGAAGAGUUAGUGUCUCGAGGGCACACUGUGAGCCUGUGCUCCACCGUGCUGGAGGGAUCAUCACUCCUACCGUCUCUACCAGAGAGUGUCGGGGUGUCAUUCAUCAGUGCUGGCUACGAUAUGUUCUCCUGGAGUCAGUACAUCGAAACAAUGAAAGGAAUGCAACAUUUGAGUAACUUUUCACUGAUGAACGAUGUAAUACUGUCAAAUGAAAAAGCAGCUAUCAAGAUACGGAAAAAGUUGCAGUCAAUAGGAAUUGAACAAUUUGAUAUUAUUGUGUGUGAUUUCUCUAUCCUGCCUAUUGGUCUCUACCACGCUGUACUGGGUUGGAAAGUGAUUGUCUUCAGUUCAUUUCUUCCCCCGUUCCCGGCAAUCAGGCCGAGUUGGCCCUACCCUAUCACUUUCAUGGGGGGACAGCCUGAAGAUAUGGGGUUUGGCGGUCGAAUGUGGAGUGCAGUUGGAACACCAUUGUUAUUGAAACGGUUGGCAAAGUUGUUCAAAGGUGCGAUAGAACAAGACAAAGAGUUUUCUAAAGUGCUAAGCGAUGUCAAUCUAGUUGGCUAUCCCGGAGUGUUUGUUCCUCAUAUCGUUACAUCUGUGAUUGGAAUAGAGGCACCUACUCUGCUUAGUCCCCUGAGACAUUAUGUUGGACCAGUGCUGAGGAGCUCGCAAUCACCUCUUAAUGACAGUUUACUAGACUGGCUAAACAGGAAGCAGGAGCGCUCAGUAUUGUACAUCAGUAUGGGUACCACAGGAGACAUGUCCAGGAGCAGAGCAGAGAUGAUCGUGAAUGCUGUAUUAGGCACGCAGUAUGAUGCUGUAUGGGCGUUGAGAAGGGACAGCAUGUGGACACUGGAUGGACUGGACAUUGAUAGUGAUCGGGUUAUAAUCCGCAACUGGGUGUCUCAACAGUCUCUCCUGCAGCACAGAGCAAUCAAGGCGUGUAUAGUGCAUUGUGGACUCAACAGUGUUCAAGAGAGCCUAUACAACAGCCUACCAGUCAUUUGUUUGCCUAGCGUCUUUGAUCAGUUCCAGAUUGGCUCUGCUAUUGAGGAGCGAGAGGUCGGUGUGUCAAUGUACUCCUUCAUGGAUACUGUCUGGGGCACUAACAACUUUACACUGGAAGAUUUAGUGAAUGCAAUUCGGAGAAUCACUUCCAACAAGUACGUGGCAAAUGCACAAAGACUCUCAAAGAUUUACAAGUUUGCUGGUGGAGCUAGAGUUGCUGCUGACCUAGUGGAGCAUUAUGAAGAUGUUGGUUAUGAUCACCUCAUACCAGCGUUUGCCAAGUACAGAUGGAGCUGGGUAAAAUACCAUAAUGCGGAUGUGUAUGCACUAAUGUUGUGUGUGCUGACUGUGUUCCUGUGGGGAUGCUUCAAGUGUUGUUUGUGCUUAGGGAGAUGCAUACAAUGAUAGACCAGGAACAAACUGAUCAAGACGUAUAUUUUUUAUAAUUACAUUUUUUUCACAAUC